AUGGACACAGACGCCGCGUUUUUCACCCCAGUAACUAAGUCGUCGACUUUCAAUGGCACAAAGCUACGAGUAUUGGGAACAGGCUGCACAUUCCAGUUGAGGUCUUGGGUAUAUACCUGGGCACUGAAGGACUACAGAACUGGUCCUGGGGCUGCCAUUUUGUCGUUGAUUCCAUGACCUAUUUUCCGGUAUAUAUCUACUGGGACACCUUUACUUAUUGCAGAGAGCACAUCCUGGAGAGAUUUAAGACCAGAAACUUUGAAGAGGCCUUCAGGACCUUCUACCAGGGCUUUCUCUAUCCAGUCAGCAUUAUACUCAGUUAUGCGUGGUCCUUUGAGCGAGACCGCUAA